AUGCUAGACCUAGGUCUCCAUGUGUCUGCGCAUGACUGGAGACGUCCCAAGAAGCCAGGCAGCCUCCUGAACUCCUAUAAAUACGCUCCUCCAGCCCCAAGUCCAAACCAUUCCAUUCCCAAAGCUAGAGAGCACCUGAAAAGCCCAUAUGUUGAGUAUGACUCCGAUGUGGAAAGAUCACGGACGGCUGAGCCGCCAGAUCUUUCGAGGUUCGUGUGGGUACUCUUCCGAGGCAAGGGAAGCUCUGCCGCAGAACCGGUGGUAUGA